CAUCAGGUUGGGAUUGUCAUCUGGUAACACGAUAAGCAAAGAAAUGAAGCAGUUCUAUCAAAUGACAAGCUUCACAACCACUACCUGCAUGAAACGCGCAAACGAAGCAAAGGUUUACGAAAGGGGUACAGAGAGGUUGCAAGCGUCUCACAUGCAUGGAGACCAACUUUUCCGGGCUUUCUGAGAAGGGAAGUGUUUUGAGUCAUUCCCGUAUAACACUGUUUGUACAAUAAACAGAGUAACCAAUAAAUACAUUGUUAUAUUUUCCUGUUUUUGACUACUUUCAAUACUUAGAUUGAAAAUGAAUAUAUUUAAACGUUCCGUGUAUCAUCACCAGUGUGUCUUGCGUCACCGGCCCACCGGAAGACAAAGCAGGAAGUUAUAACUAUGGGAGGGGAAAAAACUUUAUUUUGAGGACACUGUAUAUAAAGAGCUCACUUUGAAAACUGUGAAUAAUUUGAACAAGGGAGUGUCCUCAGAGGUAAUUACUGCAGCAUCAUGCCUGAGGAAAAGACCGGCCUUGCUUUCUCCGGUGGUGGAAUUCGUUCGGCUGCAUUGAGCUCCGGUGUGUUGCGAAGGCUUCUACACCGUAAAGUUAAAAUUGAUUACGUCAGCUGCGUUUCCGGAGGAAAUUAUACAGCGGCUUCUUAUUUGGAUUGGAAAUACAGAAACAACCAAGAAGAUCAUCCGAAAUGGCAUAAAGAAUUUUUCGAGCACAUGCGAAGCAGAGUUGGUUACAUUUGCAAUUGGAAAUACCCAUUGCAUGGCAUUUUAGAGAGCAUCAUACUGGUUUUUCUACUGAUCACAGUUAAUCUUCUCAUUCCCUGCAUCAUGUAUAGCGCUGGUGCUAUUCCAUCUGCCUUCGUCAUAGAUUACGUGUUUGGUAAGAUCAUGCGUAAAGGCUUCAACUGCACCGAUGUUCCUCAAAUUUCAAAAGGACUGAACACUACAGAGAGACGUUGCACUCGACAAUUCGAGAUUGACGACCUCGAGGUGCGCGAGCAACUUUACCUGUUCUUUUUUCUGUUCCUCGCAUUCUUUGUGUCCCACGUCAUCAAGAGUAUCGCUUCAUUAAGGAUUCGCUCGAUUGCGCAUUACUUCAAAAUCUUAUCCGGGUUGCUGCUCGCUUUGACUUACAUCCCCUGGUUAAUGCAGGAGUUUACUGAAGUUCUUCCCAAGUGGCUGAAAGUGCUAAUAGUCGCUCUAAGCGUCUUUUUCUGGCUUGGAUUUCCACCGUUGCGAGACAAAGCAUGCCUAGCGAUAGUGGUGUACAUGUAUGCAUUUUUUGUGAGGUGGCGAGUGUAUGAGACCAGUAUUGUGGGUAUCGUGUACGAAGAGCAACUUUUCUACACUCUCCUCCUUAUUUCUGGAUUUUGCUUAUGGUUAAAUCCGUUCGUUGGAAUGUUUAGCACUACAGCAGUUUUUACAUACUACAAGUGGAGACUGCAGCAAGCAUUUUUUACGAAAGAAAGCGUUGGAUUUCUUGGCUGCAACGGAAUCAGGUGCCGAGACUUUUUCCCAAUACUGUCCCGCUAUCGACCCGAGAAGCACGACCCAGCCAAAGAACCUCUAGUCAUGGAUGACCUGAAGCAAGUCAAACCACAGUACAUUAGUAACGUGGCAGUGGAUUAUUGGCGCAAGAAACCGAUUUUAAAAGAGCCGUCCUACGCCAUCAUGGCUCUGUCGCCGACUGAGAAUGAACGAAUUGACCAUCAGCCUGGGGAGCCUGGUGUGGAAGACAAAUUGUGUCCAAAAUACGUCAAUCAGACGGACGCCAUGGUAACUUCUGCCGCUGUAAUGGCACUGAGUCCUGAGCAGGAGGAGCCGUUCAGAGAUCUACAGAUGCUUUUGGGAUUUACCCUCCGGAAAGGUAUCAGGAGUAACCCGAAGGAGUCUUUCGGAUGUGGCGGGAAUAGAGACGAAAUAGCUUCAAAGAUUUUGUCGGUUUUGAUUCAGAGCAUCGCAGCCCUUCCAAUAAUAUUGAUUGCAGCCAUUUGGCAUUCUCCUUGGGAAAUGAAGAAUGCUGAGUUUGCCGCUAUCGUCUUGUUGGUAGCCUAUUAUUUAAUUUUUUUCGGCAUUGCCAUUUUGCCAACUGGCUGCCAAACACUAAGCUUCCUUGACAGCUUUGCAAGGUGGUGUCACGUACAUUUAUAUCAUGUUCGAAUGUUGCGUGAGUUCUUUCAAGUGAAUCAUGUCGGCCCCAGUCCCCCAGCACUGUUAUCUCUCAGUGACGGUGGUCGCCUGGAGAAAUUUGGUUUGCUUCCACUACUAAAGAAAAGACUAAAGCGAAUUUUAAUCGUGGAUGGAAGUUUUAUUGUGAACGACGAAGACUACGCCAAACAGAUCCUGAGAUCGAUGAAUCAAGCCAGAAAGGACCUGAACUGUGAGUUUCUGGGAUCUGGCGGCCGCGAUGUGCAAGAGGAGAUGCGCAAAACGUACAUUGACGUACCUCGAGGUCGCCAGCCGAGAUAUUAUCGAUUUAAGGUUCAGUAUUACGACAAAAAACCCGAUGAAAGCUACGAGAAAGUGAAAGAAGGCGACAUAAUGAUCAUUGCUCCUCGUUACCCCGGCUUUGGAGAAAGUGCUACAAACCCAAAUUUGGAGAACAAUUGGAAACAGUACCAUCAAGAUACAGGAGAAAAACUUGACGAGGGACAGUGGGGUAAGGGUCCAGUUCUCCGCGCAGAUGAAGUUGACCGCCUGACCUUCUGCUGCUGUGAAUGUUGUCAUUCAAGCUCCAAAGUCCUUCAGUGGAUAUCCAAAAAGCUCUGUCUGAGAUUCCCAAGUACGUCAACUGUCAAUCAAUUCUUUACGUCCUCUCUCUAUACUGCUUAUCACCGCGAGGGGUAUCGCGCAUGCGUUGAAUCUGGUGCCGAGGAAUUUCUUAAGGAGUUUGAUGCCAUUGAUCUCGCAGAUAUUGUGUAAUGAAGUAGAACGUACCACCCUACUGUUGAGGCUGGAAAACGUAGGGGACUGCUGAUGAAAAAAUUUCUGAAAUUAAUUUAAAGGGAAAUAAUGAAAGUUAUUUUAAUGAAAUUAGUGAAAGUUUAUACAAAAGAAAUAAUUUAUUAUAAUUGCAGUUUUGCCAAGAAAAAAUGACCGUUCAUGGUCAUGAAAUGUUGGGUCGGGAGUGUAAAUGAUUCAGACAAGAGAAUAUAGGAUUCCAAUGAAUCUUUAUUGAGAUAAGAGAAUUCCUUACCCCUUACAAAGUUUAAAAACCACAAUAAACUUAUACAAAUGAUGUUAUGCUAGUUUAUUUGAGAGAAAAAGAAAUGACUAUAAAAAUUAUCACGCAACCGUUUAUUAUGGUAUGAAGUAAAUUUAUUUUGACAGAACGCA